UCACUCGCCCAUUCCCAGAAGCCAGCCUUUUAUCCCUUUGUUGGAGAAUUCGCCGUACCCCCUCCGAGUUAGAGCAUGCACAGCAGUCUGCCGAUCUCUCGUCGCCCCGAGGAGGCCUGGACCUCACCCACGCUGGGUACCAGUCCCACUAACGAGGCGGGUGUUGGAAUGCGGAAGGAGUAUGGUCGUGUCGCAUUCGCGAAAUGUUCUCUAGUACCCUAAUCAAGCCAUGGCUGAAGGUCGUUUAGAACGAUGGUGAACAAGGAGGCCUAUAAAGCCUGAGCAGUUGAAUGGGCAGAGAAUUGACGGCGUAAUAGACUGCAGAUAAAGGCCAACAAGCCUUCGAUAUCCUUAGAGUUGGUCAAGAGACGACAACCAGAAGAAAUUGGGCAGGUGUAGGCUCAGUGUGACAUGUGACUUGACGUUGUCAUCCUCGCCUACUUACUACCGUCAAGUACUUUCGCUUAUUCAAUAGCGUCAUCAUGCCGGAGGACGAUCCUUCAGGCGUGACUACCUGUCGCUUGGUUGAGGAAGGGUCAUUCCGAGGAGAGGCGGGAUGCAAUCAUCUCAGGUCCAAGUUACACGCACCUGCAUACAUAGCAUCCAUAUGUCUCAUACGAUCUACGUCAGCAUUCAACACUCAAACGGGAUGCACCCGGCCUGAGUCUGCAGACCUACUGCAUGCCGAUUCACGUAUUAGUAACAUAUGUUCUGUGUCUUGGGCAUUUGUCAUUGGGCUGCGGCAUAAAUGCUCGUGGCUCAAUUACACCGAGCUAUCACCCCAACAAGCCUCCCGAUCCCCUCGAAAUGUCUUACCCAACUUUCAACGCCGAUACCACUGCCGAGGAGGUCGCAACAGCUUUCGCCGACCAGAUCGAGGGCAAGAACGUGCUUAUCACCGGAACGUCUCUGAACGGGAUCGGCUUCGAGGCAGCGCGCGUCAUAGCCAAGUAUGCCCAUCUCGUCAUCAUCACCGGAUACAACAAGGAGCGGCAAGUAUUGGAGCUUACGCGAGCUGCAUUGGAGAAGGAGAACCCCAAGGCUGAGAUUCGGCCACUGGUUCUCGAUCUUUCUUCGCUUGAGGACGUGCGCCGAGCAGCUGCCGAGGUCAACGCGUACGCCGAGCCCAUCCAUGUCCUGGUUAACAACGCCGCUGCCGCGAUCGGUGGUUUCAAGCUCACCGUGGACGGCUUCGAGAGCCAAAUCGGCACGGACCACAUCGGCCCGUUCCUCUUCACGGCCCUCAUCGCGCCAAAGAUCCUCGCCGCACGCACCGCGACGUUCACCCCGCGCGUGGUCUUCGUCUCGAGCUCCGCGCACACUUACCAGGCGUUGGAUCCCGAGAAGCUUGCCAAACCCGAUCCGGAGUCAUACGCCCCGGUCAACGCGUACUCCAAUGCCAAGACGGCGAACGUGCUCACUGCGGCCGAAAUCUCGAGGCGGUCCAAGGGGCAGAUCAAGGGAUACAGUCUCCAUCCCGGAUUUAUCUUCACCAACAUCAAUCAGAAAGAGGAAACCAUUGUAUUGGGGAAACAGGCAGGCAUCCUCCUCCCCGACGGCACGCCCAACCACGAGGCCGUGCCGUGGAAGUCGAUUCCGGUGGGCGCUGCGACGACUGUGACCGCUGCGUUCGACCCGCGCCUGGAGAGCGUUCCGGGCGCGUAUCUCGAGGAUUGCGUCGUUGCGAACAAGAAGAUUGCGCCGCAUGCUGCUGAUCCUGACGUUGCUGCAAAGCUGUGGGACAUCACAGAAGGGCUCGUCGGCGUCAAGUUCAACUUUUGAAGAUGCCAUACUCAAGUAUCUAGAUUACUUUUCGCAAUUGUGUCAGUCAGUACGAACGAUAAUGUCGCUCGUGGGGCUUCUUACCAGUGAUUUGGCCAUUCGUACUCAAUAUGUAGAAUGGCGAUGCGGGACGGACGAUGCCCAACAAAACGAGGCAGACAUUGCGCAGUCGUCUCGCUGAUCGUCUCCAUACUAUUCGAGAGAGACAAAGGAUUCAACACUAUCAGGAGAUAGCUCUAGCCCAUGUUGCUCCCGAUCGACAUGGUGGUUCUAGUGAGAGCACUCUCAGAGUGUUCAUUGAGUCUUGUGAGUUUACUGCAGCCCCUGACAAAUAUGAGCUAGCAGAGCCCUCCGCCAGACAUCCAUCUCCCGCGGAAAGGCACCGGAAAGGCGCCAAUCUCCCCAACCAAUCAAGCUAGAGUCCAAACGCUGCAGUUGUACGGUAACACGCAAGAUAUAGCUUUCGC